UCAAUUCGGCGGCAGGCUUCGGUUGUAUGACGAUACGCGCCCUGGUGAUGAGAUUCACAGGUGCGCUCGAACAUUUACUGCCACUGCCACGUGGCAUACGGCCAGCUGCGGGAGCAGAAGCAACUUCAAGCAUGGCAAUGAUAACAUCAACUCUUUUGUGGUCCCACACUCAGAUGUGAGAAGGUUACGAGUGCAAAAAUCACAAGAUCUGAGAAGCGUACGAGUGCAAAGCCACAAGAUCUGAGAAGGGUAUGAGUGCAAUAAGCCACAAGAUCUGAGAAGGGUAUGAGUGCAAAACCACAAGAUCUGAGGAGGAUAUGAUUGCAAAGCCAGAGAUCUGAGCAAGGGUAUGAGUGCAAAACCACACGAUCUGAGAAGGAUAUGAGUGCAAAGCCAGAGAUCUGAGAAAGGUCUUGAGUGUGAAGCCACAAGAGAAGGGUAUGAAUGUUGAGAAACAAGAUCUGACGACAGGUUCGAGGCUCUGUAGUCUGGGAACAGGGGUACUUGAAGAAGCAAGUGGCAGAAGCACGUGGCUUUGCUCAGAUCUGGACUGUGAGUCCCUGCAGUCUCGGAACAGGGGUACUUGAAGACGCAAGUGGCAAGUGGCAAUGGCGACAUUGAAUCUGCGACACGGAGGCCGUCAGUUGUGGCCAUGGCUCUGCAGUCAAAAAGCCCUCCUCAGAUCUGUGGGUCCAGUCUCUGUAUUGUGUGAGAGAGCAGGGGUGGUUGAAGAAGGAAAAGCCGGGAAGCUGGGGUUUGCCCAGAUCUGGGCUUCGAGCCUCUGUCGUCUGAGAAAUUGGAUACCUUGAAGACAACACAGGUGAAGAUGGCGUGGGCAAAUCUCUCUGCGACGUGGAGAUGUGCUGCCAGCCGUGGCCAUGGCUCUGUGCUUAAACACUGCGCAGAUCUGGGUCUGCAUCUCUGUAGUCUGAGAGAGAACAGGGUUACUUGAAGAACCGACGGGCCCAGCGCAGUUCGGACACCCACGAACUGUUGAAACAUAGACCCCAGUUCGAGUCCAGAUGAGUGGUAUACCCUAAUUUUGAAUUACCUGGGGCAAAGUCAGUUUGAUGAUGACAUCUCAAGUCUGUUGCCCUUUUUUCUCAAAAAAGUGGAGGUAAGGAGAAAGAGAGGAAAAAGAAGCUGGGCUUUCCUCAGAUCUGGGCUUGUGUCUCUAUAGUCUGAGAAAACAGGUGGUUGAAGAAGCAAGGGGCGAUGGUAUGGCGGCGGUGGCAGAUCUGCCGCGCGGAGGUGGACUACCAUCUGUGGUCAUGGCUCUCCACGCAAACCCUCGUCAGAAUGGGGGGGGUGCAUGACGGUAGUCGGAGAACAAGGGUAUUCGAGGAAUCAAGCUGGGCUCUCCCUCCUCUUUGCCCCUGUCGUUUUCUGGGAGAACAUGUGGUUGAAGAAGUUAGGUAGCGAUGGGGACAUCAAAUCUGCCCUGCUCAGGCGGACUGCCAGCUGCGGCCAUGGCUCUCCACUCAAACCCUCGUCAGAAUGGGGUUUGCAUCUCGGUUGUCGUCCGAGAACAGGGCUACUCGAAGAAGCAAGCCGGGCUUUCCUCUUUGACCUGCCCUCUGUAGUUUUCUGAGAGAAAAGGCGGGUGGUUCAAGAAGCAAGUGGCGAUGGCGACGUCAAAUUUGUCGUGCUGAGGUGGAUUGCCAGCCUGCGGUCAUGGCUCGGCAAGUAAACCGCAAGUACACGGCCCCUGCCUUGCAGAAAGUUUUUGUCGCCACAAUCAAAAGUCGGAUGGGCCACGCAGCGUGGGGCGCCGUUGAAAAAAAAUAAAUAAAAAAUCGACGGCCGCCGAAGUGGUGCGGGCUUCUUGCUGACCCCCGCGGGCCAAUUUGCCGUGUGCUGGUGCUUUAAACCCUCGUCAGAACGAGGGUUGCAUCUCGGUAGUCAGACACAGGGGUACUCGAAGAAUCAAGCGGGGCUCUCCUCUUCGACCCUCUGUAGUUCUCUGAGAGAACAGGCAGGUGGUUCAAGAAGCAAGUGGCAAUGGCGACGUCAAGUUUGCCAUGCUGAGGCGGAUUGCCAGCCUGCGGUCAUGGCUCUGCAUGUGAAGCGCAAGUACACGGCCCCAGCCUUGCAGAAAGUAUUUGUCGCCACAAGCAAAACUCGGAGAGAAAAAAAAAAUCGACGGCCGCCGAAGUGGUUCAAGUAACAGAAGGUGAUGACGAUGUUAGGUAUCUGUUGUGGAGGUGGGACUGCCAGCAGCAAGGCCAUGGCUCUGCACUCAGACACUGCUCAGAUCUAGCGGUAGAGUUCGAGUCUCUGGAAGCUAAGAACUGAACUUGAAGAAGCAGGCAGCAAUCGUGACGGCGAUAUCAAUCUCAAGUCACAUUGGAUUUCAUGUUGCGGCCAUGGCGCCGCACUCGAAAACCCUUCUCAGCUCUGGAGUUUAUUUUCGGUCCGCAGCCUGUGAACAGGUAGUUGAAGAAACGUUUCCAGCCAGAGGGCGACCGCCGUCUUCCGCUGAACAAAAUGUACCCUGAUUUUGGCUGCACCGGACCGGAAAGAUAGCUUGUAUGCAUUCAUUAUCGGGAUGUGUUGUGUUCGGGGGAAGACGGUAGACGAAUCACAUCGGAUAUUGUUCAGGUAUGAGCAAGUCUGUGAUCAGCGGAAGCAGCAACAGCAGCUUGAGGGAGCAGUAGAGUUGCUUGUCAGAACAACGAAGGCGCGAGGCUUGUCGGUGCGAGCAAUGAUGAAGUAAAUCAUGUUGUUGGAUUUUCAGAGCUAAGCAAAAGCUUGUUGUCAACAGAAGAAGCAAGCUUGAUGCAGCAUUAGGCUUUGUUGCUGGCACAACAAGAAAGGACAUGUAUGUCAGUGUGAACCUUGUCGGCGGCGAAAGGAGUGACGCACGGAAUCAGGCUCGGCGAUGUUCGGAUCUGAGCAAGUGCGUUGUAACUUGAGGUGGCUCAUCAAUAGCUCGAUGCGGAGUUAGGGCCUCGCCACACCACUGUCGAAACAAAAAACGAAAGAAUGCAUCUACCUCAGAAAGUGGUAAGAUGCAUCCGUUGCUAUUCAUAGUAACCGAUGCAUCUUGCCAGGUUCUGCGUGAAGAUGCAGUCGAACUUUUUUUCGUUUCGACCGUGGUGUGGCAAGGCUCUUGUACUUGGUUGCUGGCACAACGAGUGUUAUGACAGCGUGAUGAUAUGAUUGUCGGUGCUAGCAAUGAUACGGUAUAUGCUGCUGGAUGUUUGUGCUUUGGGACAUCCGUUGGAAUUGGAACGAUGCAGAGUUGAAAAUAAAUAAAUAAAUAAAUAAAAAUAAAAAUA